AUGGACACAGCCUCACUCCCUGUCAUUCAGCAGGUAGAAUCUAACAACCAAGAUCGGCAAGACGUGGUAUGUCCUGCCGAGGGCGACCCCAUACCGCAGCAUAUAAGUCCCGAGGCCAAAACACCAACUACCCUCAGCGUCCAGAAAGCAGCUUAUGCCUACACCGAUGCUGAGCAACAAAUCAUAGCAUUGGAUAUUGACGAGCGAGGACCAGGCAAUGGACCAAACGACACUUUCCCAGAAGGUGGCCUCGAGGCCUGGCUUGUCUUAACUGGUGCUUUCCUUGCUCUCUUUGCCUCGUUCGGCUUCAUGGUGUCCAUCGGCACAAUCCAAGAAUACCUUCAGAUGCACCAAUUAUCGACCUAUACGUCCCGCGAUAUCGGCUGGAUCCCUUCAGUCUUUGUCUACCUGGCUCUCGGGCUGGGCAUCUGGGUCGGACCUCUCUUUGACCGCUACGGACCACGGUGGAUUGCAUUGUUGGGAAGUACGAGCUACGUGGUUAUGGUCUUUCUCUUAGCAGAGUGUGGAAAGUAUUGGCAAUUUCUUCUCUGCCUUGGUUUCCUGGGUGGGAUUGCUGGGGCAACCUUGACCACAACGAGUUUGGCCGUGGUGAGCCACUGGUUUAAACGGAAGAGAGGGCUUGCACACGGCAUUGCAAUGGUGGGAUCGAGCUUUGGUGGCGUCACGAUUCCCCUGAUCUUGAGGUCCACGCUUCCCAAGUACGGGUAUGCAUGGUCCAUGCGUAUCCUGGGGUUUCUGUUCCUCGGAUGCUUGGUUCUUGCGAAUGUGCUGAUGAAGCCGCGCUUGCCGCCAUCCCCUGAAGCACGGAAACAGGCAAUCAUAUCGCUGGGAUUGUUCGGGGAUCUAAAAUUCACUUUUUUGACGAUCAGCGUCUUUGGGUUCGAAAUCGUUUUGUUUGGUGCUCUGGGCAUUCUCCCAACCUACGCGAACUACGGCGACAAAUUCCCGCCCGAUACAGGAUUCUACAUCAUAUCAGUUCUCAAUGCCUCGUCUUGUUUUGGACGAAUCAUCCCAGGCUAUAUAUCGGACUUUGUGGGCCGUUUUAACACCCUCCUCUUCAUGAUCCUUUUCACCUUGAUCCUCAUGCUUGCUGUCUGGCUCCCUCUGGGCCACACCUCCCUGGUCGCCCUAUACAUCUUCGUGGCGCUCUUCGGCUUCGGGACCGGCUCGUGGAUGGCGCUUACCCCUGCCUGCAUAGGCCAACUCUGCGAAGCCGAUCAGUUUGGACGGUUUUACGGGACGAGCUAUUUCAUCGGCAGCCUUGCGGCUCUCGUCUGUAUUCCCAUCAGUGGGGAGCUGGUAGAGGCGGCGGGUCCAGAGGUCAUGGUCGGGUUUAUGUGUGUUGUCGCGGGCGUGUCAAUGGGCACGUUCAUAUUGAGUCGCUGGGCUUGUCUGGGUUGGCAGUGGCGCUGGAUGGCUAAGGUUUGA